CACCUACUCGUUUUACACGACAAGGAUGCUACACCCGCAGGCCCGUUAUCAUCUCAUCGGAGCAUUCAUCUGAGGUCGCGUAAUGCAAACAACAAAACAAACAAAACAAACACCCACUAAAAUGCGGGAAUUUAAAAUGACUGGAUGAGCCGAGCAGUGUUUUAGGCGAUCGACGAUAGCUGAUUGAGAAAUGCACGUCCACCGCCCUGCAUACUUAAAUAUUAUUGUUACAGCGUAGGUAUUGUUGGGAGAGACCACUGGCAAACAGUAAACAGGGUGAAGGUAGGAUGGAUGGAUUUAGCCAUUACAUGUUCAGUAAAUUCACGCGAAUGUUUUAAAUCUGAAAUGUUCCCGAGUGGUUCAAGAUAAAUAUUGACCUUAUGGAUGUACUUGACAUGUUUACUCAUCUCCAGUCUAUUUUCUUCUUACCUAGCAUAGCUAAAGAUGCCAAGAGCGUUAUAUCCCAUAUGUGAUCAUCUUUACACGAUUGUUUCUUUUCCCGCUGUCGCAAUCUAAAAUGCUACAAAGUUCAAAUAUUUUGGGGCAUGAAAGACCCCUGGUUAUUAGGGUAUCCUUCGCCACCUGUGUUCUGGCGACUGUGUGCCUACCCCUGCUCGGGCUCAUCACUUGUGUCUUCAUAUCCUCUGUUUUUCAUUUUGAAGAUGCCACUGGUACACACUGCCAGGUUCCUAAUUACCUGCCAUCUAUAAGUGCCUCUAUCAGCUUAAGUCCUGAGUGCCACAUUUGGCGAUUCUGCAUUGGACUACACUCAGCACCAAGGUUACUGGUGGCUUUUACCUACUUCAAGUUUUACAAGGCUCGCUUUGCUACCAGGUUUCCAGAGAGUUUACUCAGCUGUUUAAACCUGGGCUUUUCUAUAUCUGAAAACCUUGGACUUUUGUUGCUCACAUACGUAUCAUCCACUGAAACUUACUUUGUGCAUAAGGAAGGUUUUGUCCUGUUCAUUGUAAGUUCUCUAAUCUACAUGUUGAUAACCUGCCGUUUAUGGAAAUCUAUUAAGAAAUAUUCCUUAAGUCCUGAGGAUGCCAAGUCUCACCACUGGAAAGUGCGUUUCUUACUUCUCAAUGUAUGUUUCUGUGCUUUUGCCGGAUUCUUUUACUGGAAACACAACAUGUACUGUGAAUCAGGGAGUUACACAUUCUUUGCCCUGUUUGAGUAUCUAGUUGUUUUCUCCAAUAUGGCCUUCCAUCUUACAGCCGUGUGGGACUUUAAGAGCCGGGAGGUCAUGCUCAUUUCAUCUUCAGAGGAUAAAGACUUCUGACUAGAAAGUCAAGGACUAGGUACUACAUGUACCACCCCCCAACCACCUGAUGACAGCAGCCUUGAUCCUGCUGAAGCGGAAGAGUGGGAUGAAGGCCUUUUCCAUAUAUUUCCAUGAUGACCACACACAAAUCCUUAGUGAGUGAUGAUGUCUGACAAAUGAACAUAAGAUAUGCACAUGUGCUACUGUAGGGGUAUUAGGAUAACUUUAAGUGCAUUCUUUUGCCUCAGUGUCUCAUUCAUGGAUGCCUUCACCAACCUACAUGAUGUUAUGUAAUGUGACAUUUUAACUUUUAUACACUGCACAGCAAAUUUGUGGUCAUACUAGAAAUGUGCCAAAGUAAAGUGAUAGUUCUUCAAGUAUGCUUGGCUUUUAUUUUGAAAUAUAAACUCAAGGAUAGGAAAUGGAUGCAUUCUGAAUUCUAAGCCUUAGUGUCCAGCUUCAGAAACACUGCACUCUAUUUAGAGUCCUCAAAAAAGAUUGGCACCAAUACUCACUUUCAUGUAAUAAAAUGCAAUAUUCAGGUUGCUGUUGACAAAGCGCUUUAUUCUAUGUUGUUACUUAUUUAUGGUUUAUUUUUUAAGGGCAAGUAUAUUACAUGAACCACAUUACACACCAGAGUAUUUUUAAUCUUAGCUAGUUUGCCGUGCCCAUUCCUAGUCGGGCUUUUAAAACACAAACAGAGACAUAAUAAAGUUCAGUAAAUCAUAACUUUAAAUACUUCUGCAAUAUUGGCAGUUGAAAUGUUAAUUUAACACUUUUCAAAUCAGAUUUCCUCAGUAAUAUGUGAGGAACUGUGCACACUAUUGUGUCCUGAUUACCUAACUCUUCGCUGUGCACCAAAAUUAAAUCCCCCAAUAAAAACCUGUAGAUUUAAAUGAAAGAGUAUACUCCAGCUUGACAUGCCAUAUCAACAGAUUUAGGAAAAACAUGAUAAAAUCAAAUUAAAUUAAAGUACCUAAAUUAAAAACAAUCAAUCAACCAAUCAAUCAAUGAACCGUGUAAAAUUAUCCAAUACAGUGAAUACCUUACCUGAGAAAGUCCUAUCUUUGUGAAACUGAUAAUACUCAGGUCUUGUUAACACUGUGUUAGGCAUAGAUUCACAUUUUUGUGAUGAUGGUUAAAUUGGCAGGUUACAGCUCAAAGUUAAGAUCAGCCUAUAAUGUCAAUACACAAGCCUAUAUUAUCUGAUCUCAAUAACAGGAAGAUUCAGCUAAAAAUACCUAUGUAACUGGCAAAUUUAAUUUAGGGUGCACAAUUUAAGUUUGUUUAGCCUGACUACCUUUACACAACUUCAGCGCAUCUCUUUAUACUAGUUAUACCAUUAUCAGUACCAUAUCUGUUGGUGCCUGUCCUGUUUAGGCCUUACACUUUCCAUGUAUGCACAAAGGAAUUCCUGCACAUGGGAAUAAAUUUGUCUGGUUAAAGUUUAAAUGUAAUUGUUUGCAUAUUUGUGCAAACUGUGCUGUGUCUAAUAAACAAAUCACUGUAAAGGUUAUUUCAUCGUUCUAACAGAACUUAAAAUAUAUAUAUGCACUUCAACUUAUGAUUGACUUAAGACAUCAUUAUAUGCUACUGUUCAUUUGUAUUAUACCACCAAGAUUGUAAGGUAGUCUCAAAAUAUUUCCUCUGUAUAUAUCUUGCAGUAUGAUUGAAUUUGGACUGCUCUGAAGUUUCUUAUAAUCCACCAUAUAUCUAAACCAGAUGAUGCAAAUGAUCAAAGCUUAAUAUUGUGUAGGUUCUAAUAUUAAACAAUCUAUCAAUCAAUAAUAUUAACCAAAUAUUAUAUGACAAAUGUAUGUGAAGCGCAUCACUAAAAGUUUAUUACUUUGUUCUUCUGUUUUCAGAUGAAGUAGUCAGUAAAUAUCUUCAAUAUGUCAUUAAAGAUUUUAACAAAAGCUAUAUAAUACUGAAACCUAUGAACCAUGAUGUGAUGACAGUAAUUUUCUCCAAUAUUAAUUAUUUUAUUUGCACUCAAACUUAAGGAUAUUUACCAUAAUAUACUGGCAUGACUUGGAAAAUACCUCAGUGUGCAGGUUUACUCUACAGGAAAGCUACAGGACCCUGUGUUAGCCCAAACAGUCAACAUUGCAGGCAUAUACUCUGCAAAGUGUGUACAUGUGUUUAAUAACAGGAAUUCUAAAAAAAAAAAAAUGAGUAAGAAAAGUAACAACAAAUAAUAUAUUUUUCUUUUUAAUUCAAGCACCAUUAUUCUUUUAAAUAGAGGUCUCUAUCAAACAGUCAAGGUUUCCCUUUAUAGUAUAACUCUGAAUUGAUAACCAGAUUAGUAACAGUCAAAUAAAAUUUUUGGACACCUAAAAUUUCUCAGCAAAAGCCAUAAACCUUCUUCAAAUGUAUCUUAGUUCAACAGAGCAGCAUGUUUUGGGGCAUUAGAUCCCCUUUACUUCAAGGGGUGUCCUGCCAAGCUUUGCUGGUGUGCAUGCAGGAACGUAUUGCACUUCUUGGAUUUCCACCUCGACACACCCUUUGGACAGAGGUCACACCAUUCCAGCCUUUUCGCAGUGAAGCAGCAGAUGUCCACACCUGUCCUAACACGCAUCUAGUUGUGUUGUUGCUGUGAAUAUCCUGGGAUGUAGCCUUCCUUUUGAAACAACACAUGUGGUGGAGAAUAUGAUUACAUUUAUCCAGCUUAAAAUGCUGGCAUGUUGACUUGCUUAAAAUUGUGAGCAACUGCCAAGCAAAACCUGGAUUGGUGUCUCAUUCAAUAAGACACAGAUGAGCCAGCAAUCUGAGAUGCACAGGACGAGGAUGUAUCUAAGCAAGGCAAGGCAAGGCAAGUUUAUUUAUAUAGCACAAUUUAACAACAAGGUGAUUCAAAGUGCUUUACAGAG